AUGGCUCCCAACGUCGCCAUCAUCCAGGGCACCGGAAGCGGCAUCGGCGCGCAGAUUGCCAAGCAGUACCUGUCGCGUACUGGGCUGCAAGUGGUUGCGCUCUCGCGUGAUGCUUCUCGCGCCAAGGAUGCGAUUCUCUCCGGCGACUCCUCGCUGGACUCGUCGCGGCUGCACACCUUCUCGCUCGACAUCAAGUCGGAAGAGUCCUACGACAAGGUCGCCUCCGAGGUCUCGUCGCGCUUCGGCUCUUCGUGCCUCAAGACGCUGUGGAACAUCAACGGGAUUCUGCAUGCCGAGAAGAACCUCUCGCAGAUCACCUACGACCAUCUCACCGAGACGUUCGCCGUCAACACCUUCUCGCACCUCAUGGGCUUCAAGCACUUUGUGCCGCUCGUCCCGCGGGGUGCUGAGGCCAAGAAGAUGCUCGAGGGUCAGUCGGAUGACGUUGCCCAGGGCGUGCUUCCGAAAGACCUCUGCGUGAUUGCUAGUCUCAGUGCCAGGGUCGGCUCGAUCGGCGACAACAACAAGGGCGGCUGGUACUCGUACCGCGCCAGCAAGGCCGCGUUGAACCAGCUUAUCAGGACGCUGUCCAAGGAACUCGAGCUGCGAAGCGUUCCGGCUAUUUCCGUCGGGCUCCACCCGGGCACCGUGCGCAGCAAUCUGUCCAAGGACUUCACCGGCGGCGAGGGAAGCGACAAGCCCCUCGACAAGAGCAAAGGCCAGUUCGAGGCUAGCGAGGCAGCCAAGAAUCUGGUCGACGUCGUGGGUGGUCUGGGCAAGGGCGACAACGGCUCCUUCAGGGAUUACAAGAACGACAUCAUUCCAUGGUAG